GGACGCCGUCCUCGCCAUUCCAUCUCUCCUCCUCUCCUCCGCUCCGCCCACCAACCCUCCCCUCCUCUCGCCUACUACUAAAAUCCACCAUCGCCAUGCUCCUCGUCAGAUCCCACCACCUCCUCCUCCACCGCCACCACCACGCCGCCCGCCUCUCCCCGCGCCUCCACCGCCUCCUCCUCCGCCACCCGCCGCCGCUCCCCCGCGCCGCCUCCGCGGCCAGUAGGCUCCGCCCGCCACGCAUGUCGUCGGCCUCCUCCUCCAACGCCAGCUCCCCCGCCCCCUCGCCGCCUCCCCCCGUGGUGCCCAAGUCAAAGAUACGCUUUUGCCCAUCUUGUGGAAGCCCGACGAAACUGGCUAUUCCAGAUGGAGAUGAAAAGAUGAGGGCUGUCUGCUCUUCUUGUGGAAGAGUUCACUAUGAGAACCCCAAAAUGGUUGUUGGCUGUCUUGUGGAACAUGAUAACAAAGUACUCCUUUGCAGAAGAAAGAUCGAACCAGCUUAUGGCCUUUGGACUCUUCCUGCUGGUUAUUUGGAGGUUGGAGAGUCUGCAGCGGAAGGAGCCUCCCGGGAAACAUUGGAGGAAGCUUGUGCAGAUGUAGAGAUACUUUCACCUUUUGCUCAGUUGGAUAUUCCACUGAUUGGCCAAAGUUACAUUAUUUUCCGAGCAAGAUUGAAGACCCCCAACUUCUCACCUGGACCUGAAUCGCUAGAAUGUGCACUUUUUGCCUUGGAUGACAUACCAUUUGAUUCUCUAGCAUUUUCUUCGAUCAUUGUCACCUUGAGGAUGUAUCUUGAAGAUGUCAAGUCCGGAAAUAUCAAAUUCCACUACUGCACUAUAAACAAAAGGAUAGGAACUGGUGCUUCAGAUCUUCGCAGUUUUGAUAUUGACAACCACUUGGCUGUGUGAACUUGAGAAGUCUGGUGACUAAUCAUGUUGCAUGAUGAGAUUAAUUUCGGGAUAUACAGCAGUCAUAAUCAACACAGCGAUCGCAUCGGUCAUGGAUUUGGAACUGUUGUCUGAGUGUCGAAUCUCUGUUCAAGCCUUGCAUGGCAUCUCGCCACACUGGAAUAGAUUCUAGGCGCUGGAAUUGUAAAUGUUCGGUUUCUUGAAGUGUUUAUUUUAGCCUUCUAGAGAUGUUGCUUUUUUUUUCUUUUUCAAUUUUUGUGGAAGGACCAGAGGUUGUAACGUGGCAUAUGCUGGGAAUUUCACAGCUUGGAUUGAGUGAUCCUGCGCGAUGUGGAUGGUUUAUUCCAGUUGCAAAGCGAGUAUUUCCUGCAACAUGUUACUA